CGUCUUAAUUAACAGCAAAUUAACAUCCAACUCAAAUCUGGUGAAAAUCGCUUAAACAAGAUUAUUUGUGAAACUAUAGAGACACGAGAACAAAAAAAAUUAGAGACCUUAUAUGCUGAAAGGGUAUCCAUAGUAAUAAAAACCCGUUGGUAGUUUCAGUUGCUAGGUUCUUUUUUUAUGUUUGGUUGUUAUGACGUUACACCUAGCAUGAAGCAUAUAGUCUAUUUUUUUCAUUCUGAUAUUGAAUUAUUUUUUCGGCUCUUUUCAUUUUUUUGUCCUAAUGUCUACGCUUCGAACCACAGAAAACUAUGUCAGAGGUGUCUCAUUUGACACAAUGACGGACCAAGAUCAGCCUGACUAUUCUUUUACGUUGAGAGGAAAAACACCUGGAUACCAGCGCACGAGACGCAGUCGUACGUUCAUGGUUGCUACUGAUUUAGCCAACUAUAGUGAUUAUGCUUUAGAUUGGGCAAUAGAGAACCUUAUGGACGAUGGAGAUGAAAUAAUCGUACUGCGUGUAUUAACAGCAGACCUAAGUGAAAAUAGAGUUUAUGUGCAGCAAACGUUACGUAAAGAAGAACAGCAGUCUAAAGAGAGAGCUUCGGUUGUGAUGAAUAAGAUCAUGACAGCUAGUGGACCAGAUAUGAAGAUAAGCGCUGUUAUCGAGUUUGUUAUCGGGAAAGUACAGGAGACAAUACAAAAUAUGAUCUCUGUGUAUCAACCAUCGAUGCUGAUUGUAGGAACGAGGGGAAUGUCUGAACUCAAGGGCAUGUUUAUCAACAGUGUAUCCAAAUAUUGCUUACAGCAUUCACCUAUUCCUGUUGUUGUUGUCAGACCUGAGGAUAAAGUCAAGAAACAACAAACGAAAAAGACAAAGAAAGCCAACCGUUUAAGCGGCAUGUUCCGAAUCGGUAGCCACUCUAGUCUUUCAAGCUUGAAUUCUAAGGGAUCAGAAUCAUCUGACAGUGAAGUGGAUGAAGAUGAGCCGGCUGCAAUUGUAGAAAAGAAGAUGCAAAGGUUGUCUGUAUUUGAAAAGAUUGGUCGCAGAUCAAGAUCUCCUUCACCUUCCAGACCAAAGAAGCAACAAUGAUAACAUUACGCCCUUUUUCAAUAAAAAAAAUGAUCAUUUUGCC